AUGGAGCUUUCCCGGCCCGCGGACUCGCAAAUCGUCGCCGCUUAUCGACCUCGCUCUAGCCAGGACGUUUCAGCCGCACCUGUCAGGGAGCUUGAGAGAACCAUCGCGGGAUUUCAAGCCGUAUUGACCGAUGAAGACCGCAAAAAGCUGCAGCAGCUCAAAGCGACGUCGCACGACUCGCAAAGCAUCAUCACUUUCACGGCCGAGUUGGAUCUUCUCGACAAGAAUCGGCGAGGGAAGAGUGUCGCCUCGAGAUUGGCUUCGUUCCUGCAGACGAUUGAACAGUUUACGCCCAUAGUCGACACAUACAUUCAAUCGAAUCCUGAUAUCACGGCGCUUAUCUGGGGCUCAAUUAAACUAACAUUUAUGUCUGAACUUCGAAGCUACGUGGAAAAUAUCAGAGCGAAAGCAGAGCAGGUCCAGGGCGAUAUCCAAUUGGUCAAAGCUCAGUGUGACCGCGAGGAACAGCAACUACAGACGACAGAGCGAAAAGAGGCUACCGACCAUCGGAAACGCUUCAGAGCUUGGGCUGCCGAAAUGGAAAUCUUUCAAAUGCAACGAAGACGAGAUGCAUUAGAACAGAAACGGCGUCGCCUCCUCGAGGACCUAUCCUCAUUCAACUUCACGUCAGCCUUCAACAACACACGAAAUAAGCGCCAUGUUGGCACGGCCAAGUGGGUCUUCGAUACUCCUGAAUUCCAACAAUGGGUCAAAGCCGAUGGACCUCCCGUUCUUCAUGUCACGGGGAAGAUUGGGUCCGGUAAAACUGUAUUGUCGUCCUCCAUCGUUGAGAAGCUGUCGCAGAUUCGGCCACCUCAACAAUUCGUGUCGUUCUUCUUUUCCCGGUUCGAUGAUGCGCUUAGCCUUAACGCUGAGACGAUCAUACCAAAGUCAGCUCUGUUCUCCCUCAACCUACUUUCAGGUCUCUAUCAAUUUGCGGCCAAGGCUAUGAAACAAUGGUUUAUAGUCAUCGACGGGUUGGAUGAAUGUAGCACUGACCAACAGUCCAAGCUGCUAAAGUUCUUCCAGGGCAUUCUUUCGGGGGGAACCCGUAACAUAAGCGUUAUCUUCGCUUCUCGAGAGACAUGCACCAAUGCAAUCAGAAACACUUUCCCGGAAUCCAUGCGACUGGUUACAGGCCAACAAAGUACUAGUGUAGACAUUGGGUCAUACGUUGACGACAUCAUCAUUGACAAACUGUCAAAUGGAGAACUAGUUAUUAAUGACCCCAGGCUAUUGAAUGAGAUUCUGAGAACUAUUGCUUCCAAGGAGCAGGGAAUGUUCUUGUGGGCCUUUUUUGCUAUCGAGGAUAUAUGCUCUGGGAAGACUGACAAUGAGAUUCGCCAAGCGCUUCAAAAUAUCCCAGGUGACCUUCCCGCGACCUUCAACCGUGCGCUCAGCCGCAUUGUUCAAAAACGAAAUCAAGACAUCGCCAAAAAGGCCUUCAUGUGGACAAAGGCAACAUCAAAACCAUUGACCUUGCUACAACUCCGCGAAGCACUGUCUAUCAAGCCUGGUCAACACACUCUGGGCCAGGAGGAUCUCAUCAGUCGCAUAGAGCGAUUACCUUCUUGGUGCGAGAACCUGCUCUAUGUUGAGGAAACGGACAACACAGUUCGGUUCAGCCAUCAUUCCAUUCAAGAGUAUCUUUUGGCAUCAGAUUCUGGUGAACAUGCGGCACUCCACAUUGACCCCAAUCAGUGUGAUAAGCUUGCUGGCGAGGUCUGCAUUACGUAUGUCAAUCUUGACAACUUCCAAACGGCACUAGCAGAGAGAAAAAGAGAGCCUCUGACUCCAUCCGCUAUGAAGAUCGAUCCAAGUGGAAUAGCUGAACAGACGGUACAAUCCGCCAUCCAAGGUGGCGUUGGAACACGCGUUGGUCGCCUCGCUCGCCAAUUUGUCAAGACGCCAAACUCAAAUAAAACAUCAGUACAGCGCGACUUUUCCCUUAGUUCUCCCAUCCCAGUUACCAGUAAGGCCCAAGGGACCGCAGACUACCCCGCCCUCGAGUAUGCUUCGCGAAACUGGUUCAAGCAUACCAAAAAUAUUAACAAAGAUGAGACGGAGAUCUGGAAACUUUUCGGUCAACUGGUCCAGAAGCCUGCUGAGCACUCGCAAGGCGAGCCCUGGCAUAGUACGGAAUGGAAGAAGGAAGCCGUGACGGGAUUUCCAAAACAUGACGAUUCAAGAUCAAACUGCUUUAGCGAAGUGAUUCGUAGCCAAGUGAGGGGCGGGAUGGCUGGCAUCGAAGCGCCUUCAUCAAAUGUACCAGAAUUCUCUCACCUACUUCUGGCCUUUUUAUACGCAGAGUUGAACGGUUACAGCGCGCUCGCAUGUCGAUCCUUUCAAUUGCUGUUAGGAUUAUAUGCAUUUUCAGACGAGCUUAACAAGCUUGUUUGCGUCCUGCUGGCUAACAAAAAUCACAUGGCCUGCCGAAAUGAUUGUGCAAGUUUCGUGCCUGUAGAUCUGGACCAUCAAUGUCUCGUGGAAGAUCUCAGAAAGGCUAUCGUUCGUGGAAUCUCAUACUUCCCAGCCUUGAAAGAACAUAUGACAGGAGCUUCCUGUGAUUGCGCAGAUUCAUCUCCUCUUGAGUCAAGGCGCGACAUAUGCCAUGUGCUAGAAGCAGGUUACCGACAAGUAUCAGAGCCGCAUUUACAGGCUUUCGCUAUCAUGGCGGAAAGGAUGAAGGCCCAAGGCAAUAUACCAACCAGUGAGCUAGGCGGCCCAGAUUCUCACUACUCACCAUCUAGACUGGCUCCUCUAAAGUACACGAUUUGUUUUCUAAACCUUUUGGAGGUCGGGGUCCAGGGCGAACCGGCACCGAAGAGAGAGGAAGCCGACCGUUAUGCUUUAUCUGGCGCCCUAUUCGAACUCCAUGGAGACACUAUUGCCACAAUAUUUCACAAUUUCGUUAUACCUACUCUUUGGGAACCUUACAUGGCAACUUAUAUUGUCAAGACUUUUUUCUAUGGAUCUUUGCUGCCUGCCCCUAAGCACAUCGUGCAUGCCCAUGAGGAUUGCUUCCGGGAAGCAGUGUGGCGAAACAACUGGGACAUUGCUGCAGCUUUAGCUAAGUAUAAGCCAAUAUCUGACUAUGGUGCAAUACACGGUGGGCACUUCGCUUUCGUCCGGGAAGCUUUACUCUGCGGUAAUUGCUGGCGACGCAUGCAAAAUAUGGUUAGACAGCUGACCUCAAAGGAGAUGCAUCAGUAUUCUUUCAAGCUAUGUGGGGAUCACAAUUCGAGGUUCAAAAAGAUUUCUGAUUCACUCCAAGGCAUACACGAUGCGAAGAAGGAAACUUUGCUUUGCCCGGGACAUAGCACACCGGCGUUACCUGAACGGGACGGAAAUUAA